AUGUGGGAUGCCGCGGCGGGGGGGGAGUUGAGAGAGGAAGGGGAGGAAGAGGAGGAGAAGGAAGAGGAGGAGGGAGAGGAGGGGGAGGGGGGAGAGGAGGAGGAGGGGGGGAAGGAGAGGGUGGAGGAAGAGGAGGAACGUCCAGUUCAGACGGACAUGAGAGGAGGGGGGGGCCUACCCUAUCUGGUCAUUGUGCUGGCUGACGACAAGCUCUUUGGCAGAAAGAAGGUGGUCAGCAUCUGCCGAGAGGCCGUGGCUUGCGGUCCUUCAAGAUCCGUGUCUGCUGGGAAUCACAGCCGAUUCGUUUCCUUUCAGGGCGUGAUUCUUCCGAUGCUCAGGGUCAUCUGCCAGCUGGAAUUUUUCAACAAUCCUGCAUCGAGCAAGGUCAACGUUACCCUAGCAGCAAUCGUCGAGGUGGAAGGUCUUCAGGAGUACCUAAUCAGCUGCAUGCGCCUCCUAACCCAACGCGGGAUGAUCCGCGAUCUGUCACGGGACGACGACAAUAUCACUGACUGGGACGCGGCAUUCCACGUCAUCAUCAGCUUCUUCAACCUUUCCAUGGACCGUUUUUACUCUCUCUUCGACGCGGCACAAGCUAGUAAUGACAUGCAGGAGGUGGAAGGCAUGCUGGAGAAAUGGCAGAGGGAGAAGCCGGUGUUUGAUGGCAAGUACCAUAGCAUUCGCUCGGUGAUCUACAGGCUAAGGAAGUCGCUGGAUAGGCGGCAGCACAGUGAGAGGCAGCGGCAGAGGAUGGAGGAAGGGCAGCUGCUGCAUGCUGAGUUCUUCCCCUCAGGUCAGCAUCCGUCCAGCAUGCAAGCUGUGGAUGGUCCGGGCGAGCUCAGCUUGGAUGGCCACCCAAGGCAUGACAACGACCAUCUUGAGAUUUCAGCUAUCUCAGUGGCUCCAACGAUGGAGGAGGUGCUGUGCAAGGCGUCGCCCUACCUGCCGCACAACCACCCCAGCGAGCCGCACCACCUGCCAGCGGGCUCCGUGGCCCGCCACGUGGACAUCCAAUUCCGCCUGCUCCGCCACGACCUGAUUGCCCCUCUCUGGAGCAAGGCGCUCUUCCUCUUCCACCGUCUCAACCACGAAUCCUCCCGGGGCGCUCGUGGCGGGAACAGCAGUGGCAGUGGUGGUGGUGGAAAGGAGGAUGCGAUGGGGCUGUUGAGGGCGGACAGGGAGUUGGUGCGGGGUCUGACGGAUGACAUGAAGGGCGUGGUGGGGUUUUCCUCGGAGGACAUGGACGUGUAUUUGCUGCGCGAUGUGCACGUGCUGUCCAUCAACACGGACAAGAGGAGCGGGGUUUACUUUCUCAUCGACUUCCUUGAGCCUCCCAUGCCGCGGGGCCGGAAUGCCCGUAACAGUCUUGGUCCAACGGAGGAUAUGAAGGGCGUGGUGGGGUUUUCUUCCGAGGACAUGGACAUGUAUCUGCUGUGCGAUGUGUGUGUGUUGUCCAUUAACACGGACAAGAGGAGCGGCGUGUACUUUCUGAUCGACUUCCUUGAGCCUCCCAUGCCGCGGGGCCGGCAUGCUCGUAAUAGGGUGGAGUUUUGGGACAACACGCGGAGGCUGCAGAACGGCUCGCUGGUCUGCCUGUGGAUUCGAGACACCCAGCGCAGCAGGCAGGCAGCAGCAGGCAGCAGUCGCAGGCAGCAGCCGCUCCCCCCUGCGGGAGACACUUCAGCGAGCGACUCUUCCUCCCACCGGCUCGUCUUCGCCACCAUCACGGCCCGCGACACAAAGAGGCUUGCCACUGCCAGGCCGCAGAUUGGAGUUCAGCCGUGUGGAGAGAACGGGUUCAGUGCGGAUUUGCUGGGGCUGAUUGCUCAGGACGGCAGUGGGGGCAGAGGCGGGAGUAAGGGCGUACAGGUGGUGAUGUUGGAGGCGCAUGGGAGUUUUUUUGCGUAUGAGCCGAUUCUGAAGGCGCUGCAGAGCAUCACUGACGCGUCGCUGCCCUUCUCUGAGUACAUCUGUGGGGCAGCUGGCGGAUCACCUGGUGGGGCACCUGGAGGGGCACCUGGGAGGGCACCUGGAGCGUACAAGCUGCCUGCGUACAUCAAAGGGGGCAUGACGUACGACUUAAGCCUGCUGCUCAAGACCAAAGUGCCCUCCUCCUCCUCCCAGCAGCCACAGAACACCGCAGAAGACGAGUUUGCCAUGAGGAACGUGAUGAUUUCCAGCCCCACGGCCUUUCCCAUGGAUGCGCUCCUGCGCUGCACGUCGCUGGACGAACCUCAAUCCGUGGCUCUGCGAGCUGCCCUCACUCAGGAGUUCGCUCUGCUGCAAGGGCCCCCGGGAACUGGCAAGACGUUCGUGGGGAUCAAACUUGUGGAGAUUCUGCUGAGCAAUCCACUCAAGAGCAGCUCGGCAGGUCAUUUUGCUCGAGGCAGGGAGCUGGCGAGUUCCGCAGGGCCCAUCCUGUGCGUGUGCUUCACCAACCACGCUCUGGAUCAGUUCCUGGAAGGCCUCAUCGCAAGCGGCAUCAAGAACGUGGUGCGAGUGGGAGGAAGGAGCAAGUCGGAGGUUCUGCAAGAGUACAACCUCCUCAACAUCAUCCGAACCUCGAAUUUGGAUCGCAGCAGAACGUACAGGCAGUCAAGCUACGAGGUGGGAAGCAAGCUAAGGGAGGUGGAGGAGGUGAUAGGCACGUACAGCGACGCCCUGCAGCAGCGCAGCGACAACGUGGCGGCGGUGGCGUGGGGUACUCUUUCCUCCCACCUCAUGGCCAACCACCCCGUCUACUUCCAAGCGCUCCGCACCACCAGCAAGGCAGAUGCCGAUGGUUAUGAGGCUCUGCGCACCACCAGCAAGGCAGAUGCCGAUGGUUAUGAGGUAAGCAUGUGUGUGUGUGGAAGUGGGUGGAAGGGGGGAUGGGCGGCUCUGGCGUGGGGUACUCUCUCCUCCCACCUCAUGGCCAACCACCCCGUCUACUUCCAAGCGCUCCGUACUGUCAGCAAGGCAGACAAGGAUGGGUUUGAUCAAGUGGGGCGUGAAAACUGGAAGCGGUGGAAGCAAGGCCUGCCCAAGGAAACCCUGCGCCGCAAGAAGGGUGCUGCUGACAUGUGGGGAGAUCAGGGUCAUGCAUCCGGCAGGGGGAAGGGAGGCGGAGGGGGAAGGGCAGGAGGGCCGCCACAGGGAGGGGGAGUGGGCGCAGGGGGAGUGGGGAUAGCCGCUUCUGGACAACAGGCAGGUAUACAGAACGCGUUUGAUGCCCUGGGAUUUCUUGGAGAGUUCGAGGUGGGGGAGGGGUGGGUGGGCGCAAGCAGUGCUAGGGACGGUGGAGUGAGUGAGGAGCUGAGUGAAAUGGUGGGCAUGAUGGCUACUUUCUACGAGGGGGAUGGCAGCGGUGAUGGGGAUGAGGCGGCAGGCAGGGACGGCUCAUGGCUGGGCCUUGUGCCGUCAGGGAGAGCGAGUGGGGCAGGCAGGGCAGGAGGGGCGGCAGGGGCAGGAGGGUUUCCUGUGGAGCAGGAUCUCUCACAUGCGUUCGGUGACUUGGGCAUUCACAACGGCAGGCAAGGCCACGGCACAAAUCAACCCCAUUGUCAAGGCAGUAGCAAGGGGAAGAAGGGCGGCAGGCAGGAGCAUGGGAGCAAGGGGAAGGAGGAGGAGGUGGUGGAGGAGGAGGAGGUGUGGACGGGUCCGGAGGUGGAUGAGAGAAGUGACAGGGGGGUGGAUGAGCUGUUAGGGCUGGAGGACCCGUGGGCUACGAGCGGGCGGGAGAGAAGGAAGCUGGUGGAGAGCUGGGUGGGAGAGCUGCGCGCCACUGCCACUGCUGCUAUCAAGGCCGAGGUGGCGAAUUACUCGAGAUGGCAUGGGAGUUGGGUGGUGGAGUUGCCACGUGAUAAGAUUGAAGAAGGUGAGAGGGAGCGCAGUGAGUUACAGUGGGUGGAGGACGUGCAGGUGCUCAAGAGGGCGCAGGUGGUGGGCAUGACCUUCAAGCCGGUCCCACCCACACAGAAGGUGAGGGAGCGCAGUGAGUUGCAGCAGGUGGAGGACCUGCAGGUGCUGAGGAGUGCGCAGGUGGUGGGGAAGGUGAGGGAGCGCAGUGAGUUGCAGCAGGUGGAGGACCUGCAGGUGCUGAGGAGGGCGCAGGUGGUGGGCAUGACCACGUCUGGGGUGGCCAAGAUGCAGCACCUCAUCACGGCACUCGGCCCGCGCGUCAUCAUCGUGGAGGAGGCUGCUGAGGUGCUCGAAGCUCAUAUUCUCACCUCGCUCACUCCGCAGACACAACACGUCAUCCUCAUAGGCCUAGGUGCAGUUGGUGGGGUGGAUAAUGACGUCCGGGGACAGGGGUCUAUCACGAUGGCAAGCCUCAAGGCCAAGAUGCAGCGCCUCAUCACAGCGCUUGGCCCGCGAGUCAUCAUCGUGGAGGAGGCUGCUGAGGUGCUGGAGGCUCAUAUUCUCACCUCGCUCACCCCACAGACCCAGCACAUCAUUCUCAUAGGCGACCACCUACAGCUGCGGCCCAAGGUGGAGGUGUACGAGCUGAGCAAGGACUCCCACAAGGGCUUCGACCUGGACGUCUCUCUCUUUGAGCGGCUCGCGCUCUCCCGGCAGAUCCCCGUGUACACCCUCGCCACGCAGCGCCGCAUGCGCCCCGAGAUUGCCGACCUCAUCCGCUACACCAUCUACCCCGACCUCCGAGACCACCCGUUCGUCCAAGGGUACGUGCCCUCGUUGUCGCCCUUGGCUUCUCCCUCUGGGCUGGGCGAGGACUCCCACAAGGGCUUGGCGCUCUCCAAGCAGAUCCCCAUGUACACCCUCGCCAUGCAGCGCCGCUUGCGCCCCGAGAUUGCUGACCUCAUCCGCUACACCAUCUACCCUGACCUCAGGGACCACCCGUUCGUGCAAGGGUGUGUACCCUACCCGGACAUACUGCGCAUGGGGAUCAGUCUGCACACAUGGGAAUGGUACCCAGACGUGAGGGGCAUGGCGGCCAAUCUGCACUUCUGGGACCACAACUUUCCGGAGACCGGAGGGGACGACCUGAGGGAGGGCAAGUCCAAGUCCAACGCGGGCGAGGCAGCCAUGGUGGUGGCCCUCGCCACGUAUCUCCUGCAGCAGGGGUACACAGGAGGCGAAGUCACCAUCCUCACGCCCUAUGUGGGCCAGCUGCUGAAGCUGCGCCAGGCGCUUUCUCAGGUGGUGAACGUGCGCCUGGGGGAGGGGGAUGCGGAGGUGGUGGAGGAGGCUGAGGAGAAGGCGGCUACCAGGGAAGGUGGAACUGAAGGGGACGAGGCUGGAAAUGGGCUGGUUGCGGGGAAGGGGAAGGGGUUGGGGCUGGAGUUUGCUGCGCCUAAGGCGGUUACGGCGAAUUUGAAGGAUGCGGUCCGGCUGGCCACUGUUGACAACUUCCAGGGCGAGGAGAGCACGGUGAUCAUCAUCUCCCUCGUACGGAACAACGGUGACGGCAAGAUCGGGUUCCUCAAGAGCCCCAACCGCACCAACGUGCUGCUGUCCCGCGCCAAGCACGGCAUGUACAUCAUUGGCAAUGCCAGCACCAUGAGGGCGGCUACGUCCAAGUCGGUCCUCUGGCCUCGGAUAAUGGACAUGCUGGAGAGCAAGGGGCGCGUGGAAAAGUCCAUCCCGCUGCGCUGUGUGAACCACCCCGACACGGUGACACACAUUGAGAGAGCCGGGGAGUUUAAGGAGAAGGCCAGCGAGGGCGGAUGCUCCCAGAUGUGCGGCUUUCGGCUCACUCCCUGCGGCCACACCUGCCCCCGCAGGUGUCAUGGGGACGACAGGGCGCACGCCAAUGCGUUCUGCCCCAAGGAGUGCAACCGCAUCCGCCCUCUGGAGGAGUGUCCGCACCAGCACACGUGCCCCAAGCAGUGUGGCGAGGCCUGUGGGCCCUGCCUCGUCACCAUCCGGGCACUCACUCUCCCCUGCGGCCAUCAGGCCUUCAAUGUCCCCUGCUUCAAGGCUCAGAACCCCGCCUCCAUCUUCUGCUCCUUUACGGUGGAGGUCACGAUGCCCCUGUGCGGGCACAAGCAGACAGUCAAGUGUGGCGAGGCUGCCACCAGAGUAGCCAACCCCAAGCUCUGCACCGCCCGCUGCGGAGUCUUCCUCUCAGACUCCUGUGGCCACACGUGCAUCUCUCCCUGCGGUCACUGUAUCGUUGCUCCAGCUAAUACUACCACCAACCAGGGGCGUGGUUUACAGCACCAGCUUCACCAGCAGCAGCAGCAGCCGCAGCAGCAGCAGCAGCAGCAACAGCAGCUGGAGAAAACCCACAAGAAGUGCACACAGCCAUGCAAGCGGCCCCACCCCUGCGCGCACCUCUGCCCGGACCCCUGCCACAGCGGCACCCCCUGCAAGCCCUGCACUAGAAAGUGCCUCGUGGCCUGCCAGCACAGCUCCUGCCCCCAGCCCUGCCACCGAACCUGCGCGCCCUGCGCCGAGCCUUGCGGGUGGCACUGCAAGCACCAGGGCUGGUGCUCGCUCCCCUGCGGCGCCCCUUGCGACCGCCUCCCGUGCGAGCAGCGGUGCGAGAAAAAACUCAAAUGCGGCCACCAAUGCCCGUCCCUCUGCUCAGAAAAGUGCCCUCCGAAGGGGUUCUGCACGGUUGAAGGGUGUGGAGAGGAGCAGAAGAGGGAAAUGACUGUGGAUUUAGUCACGCUGGAGACGCUGGGGGAGAUUGAUCCGGACGAGAGUCCCGUGCUGGUGCUGCCAUGUGGACAUGCUUACACUGUGGAGACUCUAGACGGCCACCUGGGGCUGAACCAAGUUUACCAAGAGGCAGAAGAUGGGUCUGCUGGUGGCAGCAGUGCUGCUGGAGCGGGGGCUGGAGGCGGGGUGGGAGGAUCUGCAGGCAAGUGGGUGGCAGUGCGGCCGUUUGAUGAUGGCGGUCUGUCCGCUCUCAAGGGCUGCCCGGAGUGCCGCCAGCCGAUCACAGGCCUCCGCCGGUACGGCAGGAUGGUGAACAAGGCGCUGCUGGACGAAUCAGAGCGCAAGUUCGCCCUCAGCUGCCUGGCCGACCAGCAGCAGCUCCAGACAAAGCUGUCCAAGCUGAGCCAGGCCAUAUCUGCUUGCCCUGAGGCUGCUCAACCCAGGCAGUUGCAGGAGCUGGCCAGAGCUGCGACUUCACUGGUCUUGCAGGCAAACAAGGUGCGAGUGGCGGCUAUGGAACCGCCCACCCAGCAGACGUACCAGGCUUCUGUAGCUGCUCUGCAGAGGAAGCACCUCCACUUGGGAUCGUUGUCGUCGUCAUCUGGAGCAGAUGCUGCAGAUUCACCUGCAGAUGCACCUGAAGCUUCUCCUGAAAAACAACCUGCAGAUUCUCCUGCAGGUUUGACAGUGUCAGCGUGGGAGGAGGAGUGCCAGCUGCUGUACGUCCCCCAGCCACAAACCGGGCCCCUCUGUGAAGCCCUCCUGCUGCUGGGGAAAGCCUAUCAGCUCCUCAUGACUGCCAAUUUCCUCCAGCUGCGCUGCCUGCUGACUGAACUCCACAAGCUGUCUCGCCAGAACGCUGCUCGAACUGCUGUGCUGACUGCUGGUCUGGCUGCUGGCCAUACUGAUAAGAACAGCACGGGUAGAGAGGAGUUUCUGGCUCGCAAGGUAAAAAACUGCAGAGAGGUUGUGCGGAAGGGGCUGCGGAAUGCGGAGAGGCAUGUGGGGGAGGCGGUGGAGUGGGCUGGGAAGCGCAGGGCGCACCGGCUGGAGGCGAAGGGGAGGCUGGAGAUGGCCGAUGUGUUCCGUGCGUUCGUGGAGGGGAUGAUGGCGGAACGCCUGCUCUCAACCUCCCCGGCUGGCCUGGAUGACUCAAAGGAGCAGCAGCUGGAGUUUCUCGAGAGGGCCAAGAUGCAAUGCCUCAUGGUGGCCUCUCACCAUCUGGUGUCAGUGAGAGAGAACGACAGCCUUGGUGGCAGCGCUCGGAGAAUGCUCGAGAAAGACCUGCAUGAGCUGGAACUAUCUGUUCGCGAUGAACCUCGGUACUUUGCUGUGACCGAACGCGAGAAGGCUGAUGUGUACGAGGCGAUAGGCUUGGGAGGGGGUCAUUGGUACCGAUGCCCGAAUGGGCAUGUGUACGUCAUUGGGGAUUGCGGUAUGGCAAUGCAGGAGUCGCGGUGCCCUGAGUGUGGUGCGGCUGUGGGUGGGGGAAGCCAUAGGCUUAGAGCAGACAAUACGACUGCCGCUGGUUUCUUCAGCAGGUCAUGA